AUUUCAAAAGUAACGAAAUUGAAAUUGAAUUAUUUUAUUUAGCUAAUUGGUACGUGGACGAGGCGAAAAACAUGCCUUUGUGUGGAAAUUCAUCUGGAGCAGGGCAGUGCCUUCCUGGUUACACGUGUUUACAAGGAUACGGUGAAAAUCCGAAUUACGGUUACACGAGUUUCGAUACCUUCGGCUGGGCAUUGUUAUCCGCCUUUCGUCUGAUGACGCAAGAUUAUUGGGAAAAUCUGUACCAAUUGGUGCUUAGAUCGGCCGGCCCAUGGCAUAUGUUGUUCUUCAUCGUGAUCAUUUUUCUUGGCUCGUUUUAUCUCGUCAACUUGAUUCUUGCUAUUGUCGCGAUGUCUUACGAUGAAUUGCAGAAGAAAGCUGAGGAAGAGGAAGCAGCCGAGGAGGAAGCUAUAAGAGAAGCCGAGGAAGCAGCACUGGCGAAGGAGAACAAAUUAGCGGCACAAGCGGCAGCCCGAGAGGCGGCAGCACAUGCGGCGGUGACCGCCGCUGACCAGAUAGUCAAAUCUCCAUCAGACUUCUCGUGUCACAGCUACGAAUUGUUCGUCGGUCAGGAGAAAGGGAACGACGAUAACAACAAGGAGAGGAUGAGCAUACGUUCGAUCGAAUCGGUCAGCGAGCACAGAGUGAAACAGAUCAACAAUCACACGACCACCACUAAAGUGCGAAAAGUCAGCGCCGUCUCUCGCGCCGCUAAUGGCCAGUUUACUUAUGCCUACCAGGAAAGCCUGCGGAAGGCGAGCCUUAGUCUGCCUGGCUCACCGUUCAAUCUUCGCCGGAGCAGCCGCGGUAGCCAUCAGUUCACGAUCAGAAAUGGGAGGGGCCGUUUCGUCGGGCCGCCCGGCGGUGACCGGAAGCCGUUGGUACUGUCCACGUUCCUCGACGCCCAGGAACACCUGCCCUACGCUGAUGACUCGAACGCGGUCACGCCUAUGUCCGAGGAGAACGGCACGAUCGUUGUGCCCGUCUACUACGCGAAUCUUGGGUCCAGGCAUUCUUCGUACACGUCGCACGCCUCACGCCUCUCGUACACGUCUCACGGUGAUCUGAUCGGCGGGAUAGCGAACGCGGGGAAACCUAUGACCAAGGAGAGCCAGUUGAGGAUCAGAUCUGUCAGGCCGCCGUCUGUCAAUGGACAUUUCACGGAUAAUAAUCAGAAGUACCAUUACGAGGGUGAUCUGGAAGAUCCAAUGGGCAAGGCAAAGCAACAAGACAAUCCGUUUAUAGAGCCUUCUCAACAACAUGCCGUGGUUGAUAUGAAAGACGUGAUGGUGUUGAACGAUAUCAUAGAACAGGCGGCGGGACGACAGAGCAGAACUCCGGAGCAAGGAGUUUCUUCGACCUAUUACUUUCCGACAGACGACGAUGAAGAAGGGCCGACAUUUAAGGACAAAUUAUUGACCGCGGUGCUACGUUGCAUCGAUAUCUUCUGCGUGUGGGACUGUUGCUGGUUGUGGCUUGAGUUUCAAAAAUACGUGGCUCUUUUGGUGUUCGAUCCAUUCGUAGAGUUGUUCAUCACCCUUUGUAUCGUCGUCAACACACUAUUCAUGGCACUUGAUCAUCAUGAUAUGGACAAGGAUAUGGAAAGGGUGCUCAAGACGGGAAAUUAUUUCUUCACGGCAACAUUCGGUAUCGAGGCAACGCUCAAGCUGAUAGCAAUGAGUCCGAAAUUUUACUUUCAAGAAGGAUGGAAUAUAUUCGACUUCAUUAUCGUCGCUCUCUCGCUCCUGGAAUUAGGAUUAGAAGGUGUACAAGGUCUUUCCGUGUUGCGAUCGUUCAGAUUGUUGAGAGUGUUCAAACUGGCAAAGUCGUGGCCUACGUUGAAUCUGUUAAUUUCGAUCAUGGGUAGAACAGUGGGCGCCCUGGGUAAUCUGACGUUCGUGUUGUGCAUCAUUAUCUUCAUUUUCGCCGUGAUGGGUAUGCAAUUGUUCGGCAAGAACUACACUGACAACGUGGAUCGAUUCCCGGAUGGUGAUCUACCAAGAUGGAAUUUCACCGAUUUUAUGCAUUCGUUCAUGAUCGUCUUUCGUGUACUCUGCGGAGAAUGGAUCGAGUCUAUGUGGGACUGUAUGCUUGUGGGCGACGUUUCUUGCAUACCGUUCUUUCUGGCCACCGUCGUCAUCGGUAAUCUGGUUGUGCUGAAUCUCUUCUUGGCUUUGUUGCUGAGCAACUUCGGCUCGUCGAAUCUAUCGGCGCCGACCGCAGACAACGAUACGAACAAGAUCGCGGAAGCGAUCGAUCGAAUAGCACGAUUCGUUAAGUGGAUCAAGCGAAAUGUCCUUUAUCUUGCUAAAAUGAUGCGAGCCAAACUCACCAAUCAGAUAUCCGAUCAGGCGCCAGGUGAGGGACCGUCCAACAGUUGGAAAGAAGAUGGAAUUGAUCGCGAUGGGGACCUAGAUCUUGCAGAUGGCGAACUCGAUGCGUAUAGAGAUAAGAAGAGUGCCAAGGAGCUGAACCAAUUAGAAGUUGCUAUUGGGGAUGGAAUGGAAUUUACGAUUCAUGGAGACCUAAAGAAUAAAUUGAAGAAGGGUAAAUUGUGCAUGAACAACAGCAAAGUUAUAGCAAAUUCGAUAAAUCAUCGUGACUACAGGCUGGAUAAUGAUUACAUUAAUCAAAAUGAGGAUGAUACCAUCAGUAAUAAAUCAUAUGGCAGCCAUAAAAAUAGGGCGUUCAAGGACGAAAGUCAUAAGGGGAGCAUGGAUUCAUUGGAUGGAGAAGAAAAGAAGGAUGCGAGCAAAGAAGAUUUAGAACAAGAAGAAGACCUUGGUGAAGAAGGAGAGGAAGGAGAAGGUGUUAUAGGCGAUGCGAUUAUCCAAGCAGAGGAAGAUCCCAUCGAAUCCGAUUAUCCAGCUGAUUGUUGUCCAGAAAAUUGUUACAAGAAGUUCCCAUUCUUAGCUGGCGAUGACGACGCACCGUUUUGGCAGGGUUGGGCGAAUUUGAGACUGAAGACCUUCCAACUAAUUGAGAACAAGUAUUUUGAGACUGCCGUCAUUUUGAUGAUCCUUUUGAGUAGUAUGGCUCUCGCCUUGGAAGAUGUGCAUCUUCAACAACGACCCAUUCUGCAAGAUAUCUUGUACUACAUGGACCGAAUAUUUACUGUGAUUUUUUUCAUCGAAAUGUUAAUCAAAUGGUUGGCUCUUGGCUUCAAAAAAUACUUCACGAAUGCUUGGUGCUGGCUUGAUUUUAUCAUUGUCAUGGUGUCACUCAUUAACUUCGUAGCGUCGCUCUGUGGCGCUGGCGGGAUCCAAGCCUUCAAAACAAUGAGGACCCUAAGGGCCCUAAGGCCACUCAGGGCGAUGUCUAGAAUGCAGGGAAUGCGGGUAGUCGUCAACGCUUUGGUUCAAGCCAUUCCAUCCAUUUUCAACGUGUUACUGGUGUGUCUUAUCUUCUGGUUGAUCUUCGCCAUUAUGGGUGUACAGCUUUUUGCCGGCAAAUAUUUUAAGUGUGUAGAUGCGAAUAAAACAACACUCAGCCAUGAAAUCAUUCCUGAUCGAAAUGCCUGCUUGGCUGAGAACUACACUUGGGAAAAUUCUCCAAUGAAUUUCGACCACGUAGGAAAAGCUUAUUUAUGCUUGUUUCAAGUGGCUACAUUCAAAGGAUGGAUUCAGAUCAUGAACGAUGCCAUCGACUCUAGGGAGCUCAACAAACAACCAAUUCGUGAAACGAACAUCUACAUGUAUUUCUAUUUUGUAUUCUUCAUUAUAUUCGGAUCGUUUUUUACCCUUAAUCUAUUCAUUGGUGUGAUCAUCGAUAACUUUAACGAACAAAAGAAAAAGGCAGGAGGUUCCCUCGAGAUGUUCAUGACAGAAGAUCAAAAGAAAUAUUACAACGCUAUGAAAAAGAUGGGUAGCAAGAAACCACUUAAAGCCAUUCCACGUCCAAGGUGGAGACCGCAAGCAAUAGUGUUUGAAAUAGUGACAGACAAAAAGUUCGAUAUGAUAAUUAUGUUGUUCAUCGGAUUGAACAUGCUUACAAUGACGUUGGACCAUUAUCAACAAACUCAGACUUUCAGCGAUGUUCUGGACUAUCUAAACAUGAUAUUCAUUGUGAUAUUCACCAGCGAGUGUCUCAUGAAGAUCUUUGCUCUACGUUACCACUAUUUCAAGGAGCCAUGGAAUCUCUUUGAUUUUGUUGUUGUUAUAUUGUCAAUAUUAGGUCUGGUCCUCAGCGAUAUUAUUGAGAAAUACUUCGUAUCGCCAACAUUGCUUCGUGUAGUAAGGGUGGCAAAAGUCGGUCGUGUGCUUCGACUCGUGAAAGGUGCCAAGGGUAUUCGAACUCUUCUUUUCGCCUUGGCGAUGUCGUUACCAGCUCUCUUCAAUAUUUGCCUAUUACUGUUUUUGGUGAUGUUUAUCUUUGCAAUUUUUGGAAUGUCGUUCUUCAUGCACGUGAAAGACAAGAGCGGACUGGAUGAUGUGUACAAUUUUAAAACGUUUGGACAGUCGAUGAUAUUGUUAUUCCAGAUGUCAACGUCCGCUGGUUGGGACGGUGUUCUUGACGGUAUAAUAAACGAAGAGGACUGCCAGGAACCAAACAACGAGAUAGGAUAUCCGGGCAAUUGUGGUUCGUCUACGAUCGGCAUUGCCUAUCUUCUCUCGUAUUUGGUGAUCAGCUUUUUAAUCGUGAUAAAUAUGUACAUCGCCGUAAUCUUGGAGAACUACUCUCAAGCGACCGAGGAUGUGCAGGAAGGUUUGACGGAUGACGAUUACGAUAUGUACUACGAGAUCUGGCAACAGUUUGAUCCAGACGGGACACAGUACAUCAGAUACGAUCAGUUGUCCGAUUUCUUGGACGUGCUCGAGCCGCCACUGCAGAUACACAAGCCGAACAAGUACAAGAUCGUAUCGAUGGACAUUCCUAUAUGCAAAGGAGAUAUGAUGUUCUGCGUGGACAUCUUGGACGCUCUCACCAAAGACUUCUUCGCGCGUAAGGGUAAUCCGAUCGAGGAGACAGCAGAGAUCGAGGUUCAAACGCGUCCAGGUGAGACUGGUUAUGAACCGGUCUCUUCUACUUUGUGGCGUCAGCGCGAAGAAUAUUGCGCGCGUUUGAUCCAGAACGCUUGGAGAAAACACAAACAGCAGCGUCUAGGCGGACCCAGCGAAGAAAGCGAUGACGCUGACACGGAUCCACGAGUCAGACAAACCGCAGUCUUAGUCGAGAGUGACGGUUUUGUAACGAAAAAUGGCCACAGAGUUGUCAUCCACAGCCGAUCGCCGAGCGUAACCUCGAGAACCGCGGACGUCUGAUCGGCGUCCAUAAUGUCUCCAGCACCGCCACCGUCGUAGCAAGCGCCACCACGAACCACAAAUUGGCGGCGUCCGUGCGACGAUCGCUCCAUCUGCAGCAUCGCCGAUUAACAGCUAUAGAAUUACCGACAGACGCGUCGAUUUCACGCAGCGUCUGCAGUGCUGAUACUGCUCGCGAGGAGCAGCGGCCUCACGGACCUCGCGCGCGCUCUCCAUCGACAGCCUUAUAGUUGUAUAAAAAAUAAAAGAAAGAAAAAAACAAAAAAAAAAUAAAAUAAAAUAAAAAAAAUAAAAAAUACAUUCCUCCAACGAGUUGCCUUUAAUCUACUGUAAACGCUACGAUCGUUGGGAAAGACACGUCGCUAGCUGAUGAACACACGAGCGAGGACUAGGAUACACGAGACAUGUGUUUGUUUGUCCUGAACGAGUCAAAAACGGGGCGCAAAUAAUAAGAUGAUAAAGAGAAACAUAAAGUUAUCAUCAAUCGUCCGUGUUCGUUAUCGGAUUGGUUCGGCUCUCGUUCCGUGGUGCAAGAGGAAUUCAUGGAAUCGCAAUUGAAAAAUAAGAUUUGGCUAUGAAACGAAGAUACGGAUAGACAUACGAAGAGGAAUCGAAGGACAAGAACUUUAACAGGAAAGAACGCAUAUAAAGAAUAUAAUGAUAGUCGGUGUAUAGAGAAAAGUGUAUUUGACUCUGUACAACGUAACCUUCGAGUCGACUUCCCCCCCUUUAAAAAUAAAUCAGGGCUCGAAGGUUAACGUUGCUACGCGCUCAGUAUUCCUGCCUUCGAUGGACUUCGUUACGGUACUUCUUACCGUUCUUUUUUUUUUUAGAAAUCGUACGAUGACGAUGACGAUCCGCGCCGGCUGCGUUAGCUGCACGCAUACUCGAGACGCAAUGAAAUGAAAAAUCUUUUCACGUGACCGACAAUGAAAUGAAGAUCUACGGUGGGAUAGUUGAUAUUGCCGCGUUUGCAAAAAGAAAAAAAAAAGAAGAGAGAGAGAGAAAAAUGAGCGAUCGUUUCUCAUCGUUUCUCUAAAAGAAAACUUAUCGGUAGAGCCGAUUCGUAAAAUUCUAUCCGCGUAUAUUGGAUUUUUUACACGAUUUUGACAGCGACUCGCCAACUCGCUGGCAAAUACAACAUAAACGAAAAGAAGUUAAAAAAAUAUAUAGAAAUGUAAUAAAAAAAAAAUCAAUGUUGAUUCGCUGCGGUCGAGGUUCGUGGGUGACAUUUGUUCAUUUAUUUGUUAUUCUGGUCAUCGUACUGUGGUGUAUAAUAAAUACGAGAAAGUUUUUUGAACUUAAUUAACUGA